GCAUGCGUACGGGGCGCCUGGAAGAUGGCGAUAGGCAACUGCAUGGUGAUUCCCAUUCCCGACGGCAAUAAUUAGCCGCCUGGCUGCUGCUGCUACCAGGGGCUGACGGUGACGGUUUUCGGGGGGGGAGCGAGGGAGGAUGUGACGUGUUUGUGUUUUCAUCUCGGCACACGGUUUCUCAGGUCUUUCCGGUUAAGAUCUGCCGCGGACUAGAGGAAAGGACAGCUGAACUGCACCCAGGCAUGUUCAAGCGGUCAAGGACUUCCAGCUGACAGGCAAACCCCGGUACAGCCUGGAAUGAGAAAUCGAGGUUUUAAUAAACCCCCCGAGGAGAUAUAGUUCUGCAAAUCCAUUUUGAUCCAUCGCGUUCAGAAUCAGAAAUAGACUGCAGCUUUCAUCUCUGCCCCCUCUCUGCAAUCUGUUUCGUCUGAUAUGCGAGGCGAUGCGCUUUUAGUUUUGUUUCUGCACAAGUGAACUGCACCUGUUCUCACAACAUCCAGAUAUGGCCAGGUGGGGCGACGGCGAUCGGCAGAGGUGUGACCCGUAGGAAGCAGAGCCGGAGGAGGGACGCCUCCCGGCAGCCUGUCCUGGAGAUGGCAUACCGCGCCUUGCUGAAGCCCCUGCGCCCCGGCACGCGGGUCGCUUCCCUCUGGGGGACCAGAGCGCUUUCGGAACACAGGUUUAAGCCCGAGAAGGUGGCCGUAGUCACCAAAACAACAAGAUAUGAGUUUGAGCUGCAGAGAUACCGAUAUGCGGGACUUUCUGAGGAUGAUCUAAAGCAACUGCUUGCCAUGAAAGGCUCCAGCUACAGUGGGCUGUUGGAAAGGCAUAACGUGCACACUGACCACGUGGAGCACAUCGUGGACAGCCUACAGAGGGAAGGCAUGCAGGUGCGAGUCCUGCGCAGGCGGGAGUAUGACGAAGAGGCCGUGCGAUGGGCAGACGCCAUCGUGUCGGCUGGAGGUGAUGGUACCAUGCUGUUGGCGGCCAGUAAGGUUUUCGAUAAGGACAAACCCGUCCUGGGCGUGAACACGGACCCGGAGAGAUCCGAGGGUCAUCUCUGCCUGCCAGUUAGCUACACGCACGCCUUCCCCGAGGCGCUGAGGAAACUGCGGAAGGGUGAGUUCAGGUGGCAAUGGCGCCAUAGACUCCGUCUGCACCUGGAAGGGACGGGGAUCAACCCAACCCCAGUGGACCUGCAUGAGCAACAGCUGAGCCUCGAUGAGCACAACCUGGCCCAUAGAAUUUCCACUGAGGCCCAAAACCGUAGAGAGGAUGGUGCUGUCUCCUGUCCUCACCUUCUUCCCGUUCGAGGACUCAAUGAAGUCUUUAUUGGGGAGUCUCUCUCUUCCAGAUCUCUCCGUCACAGGGGAAAACCGUUGAAACCUCAUCUCACCCUCUCGCUUCAUAGGGCCUCGUACUAUGAGAUCUCCAUAGAUGACGGACCCUGGGAGAAGCAGAAGAGUUCUGGGCUCAGCAUCUGCACCGGCACUGGAUCCAAAGCCUGGUCCUACAAUAUAAACAAGCUCUUUGAGGAGACGGUGAAGGACGUGUUGGCCAUUGGCCAAACACAAGCAGGUCUGGAUGUCCCACUAACGCAGGACUUUGUAGAAACGGUCACUAAGGAGUACAACGAAUCCUUGAUGUUCGGCCCAGAGGAGAACCGGCUGUUCUUCAGCAUCCGAGAGCCCAUCGUGAACAGGGUCUAUUCUACUAGCCGGCAAAGGGGCUUUGCCAGCAGGGUGUGCGUGCGGUCGCGAUGCUGGGAUGCCUGCAUGGUGGUCGACGGCGGAACGUCUUUCGAAUUUAACGACGGAGCCAUAGCGACCAUCAGCCUGAAUGAAGAAGACCAGCUCCGCACGAUCCUGCUGAAAGACUGAGCCGCUGUUUGCUGCGAGGCCUCUGCGUGCUGUAGACAGGGUGGGUGGGGUCAGGGUGUCAACCUAAAAAGGUGCUCAGAGUGCAUCAGGGUUGCCCAUCUGUGUGUGUUGCCCAUCUGUGUGUGUUGCCUUAGUUUUAGUUUUAUUUAGUUGGGGGAAAUCAGUUCUCUGCUUUUCCUUUUUUGAUCAGCUCAUUGUUUCGGUGGUUUAUUUCCUGUUACUCUUGUUGGAGGUGGACCCCCCAUGACCAGAACCAUCAUCUGGGGUUUAGGCUGCCAGGCUAAAUGGCAAUUAACCUUUUAACAGAGUCAGAAUCCAGGUCUUGUGGCCAAUCCAGGGAGGUUAAGUAAAUGUAUCCCAUCUCCGUGUUGAAGUUCAACAGCCUAAAACAACCUACAAGUAGUUGGACACUCCUGACCAAGACGUCAUUUCCGGCUGCUCAGGUGAAUUUGGUCUUGGUCCCACCUUGUCCAACUCAGAGGUGCUGCCUCCAACCUGGGCCAAGCUGAACCCCAGCCAAUAGCGAACACUCCUUUUGCUCCAGCUUGAGGUACAGAUGACUGUUCUGUCUCAAUGCCAUAUCAGGACUUUAGAGUGGAUGUCUUCCGGGUCCCAGUCCCUUACCUCUCUGGUCUUGUACAGCAUGUGACCAUUUCUGUGCUCGCAAGCGAAUUAGAGGUCUGCUGUAGAUGAUUCUGGAGAACAUGUGGUGGAGUGAGGAGGAUCUGCUGUGGCCGUGAAGCCAUUUGUAUUUCGGGGACGUCAAAUUCUGUACCAGACAUUGCAAAAUCAGGGUGGAGGGCAGGUGGUGAAAUACUCACUUGGUGGUGGGGGGGGGGUAUCAUUCCUUUCCUGUCAUUUUUAUAAUAUUUAUGAAGCUUUUGAAAGUUUGCAAUGCCAAAUCGCUGCUGCAAAGUGUCACAAAGCAGGUCAGCAGCACAAAGGGAGGACUAUUCAAACACAAAGUAUUUACUGGGUGACAUGCAUUUCAAAUGCACUUUAACCUCUAACCGCCAUCCUGGCAGUGUUACCUGCUCGCUGGGGAAAAGUGUGCUAGUUUCUGGAGCAGUGGAAAGAUUGUGUGGGGUUUUUGUGUAUGUGCAUGCGCACGUGUGCGUGGGGGGCUCGUAUAAAAUGCGUUUGGGAAGAUCGGAGCUGAGACCAUUCAGUGUUUUUUCCCUGAUGUGACAAUGAUGGCCCUGCUUGUGUGCAAAUAUUUUGUGAUUGGUUAAUAAACAGCAUGAACACA